AUGAUACACUCUUUGGCGGGUGCACCGGACUGUCUCGAUAAUUGUGUAUACACACACACACACACACACACGCACAUUCACCAUCAAUCCAUCCACCCUCGGGCGGGCCGCAACUCAUUCCGUCCAGCUGACAACCGGGCACGCACACACACAGACCGCAGCCCGUACCUUUUCGCCCGGAGCAUUGGCCUCCUCCUCUGCUCCCAGGCCCGGCGAUUCGCCAGCUCGGUGAGCCCAGCUCUCUUUUCCCGCUCCUCGCUCUGCCCUUCCUCCUCUCCUUUCCUCCGUCCUCCUCCCGUCUUUCAUCGCGGCCAUCUUUCACCCGACCUCAAUGAAGCCACAGCGCGAGUCCUGCUGCCACUGGUUCGAGGCCCGCCGGCUCUAGGCCCGCUGCUUUCUACUCCCGCCUGCACUCUCCUCUCCCCUCCUUGCUCAUCUCGCCCCGCCGUCAUGCCGAGCGUGAGUUUGGCCAACUCACUCGACGAUGACUACAUCAGCGACCGGGUGCGGGCCUACAUCGCGUUCGCCGGCGACGAGCUCUUUGCGGCCGAGGCGCCGAGUCCGUUGACUCACUCGGAGGUGGUGAGCUCCGGGGGGUGUGCUGGCUCAGGGGCGACUGCGUCGUCGGCCUGCCCCGCCUCCGUGGCCAACAGCAACAGCCUGUCCACGCCGGGCGUCGAGAAAGGCGCGCCGCCGCACCAAUUCUCUUUCCAUGGCGCUCUGUCCGGCCCGAUGCCGUCCCACUCGGCCGUCACGUCGCCCUCCACCCUCGGCAAGUCGGCCUCGGGCCCCGGCAUGAACGGCGGCUCCGGCUUCUCGGCGCUCAGCGCCAACAGUCCGGCCGCCGGCCUCGGGCCCAGUCUGUCGUCAAGCGACUUCCACAGCCUGCAGAACUCGCCGUUCUACAACCACUAUCCGGUCGCCUCCAGCCUGCAGCAGAUGCACUGUCUCACGGGAAGUACCUCGCCCGGAUUGGGCGUCUCGCCGGGCGCCGCGACCUCCGCGUCGGGCGGCACCGCCGCGGCCACUCGCAGCUCCGCCAAUCGCAGCCUCCAGGACGCCUCGUUCUCGUCCAGCAACGGCUUCUACCUGCCC